CCCGUAGGGAGAGGCGGGUAGCGGGCGACGGCGGCGGCGGUUGUGGGGAGGCUGCGCGGCCGGGCGCAUGGGACCUGUCCUGCAGCGGCUCUCUCAGGCUGUGGGUCGUCGCUGCAGCUGCCGGGAAAGAAGGAAACGACGAUUCCGGGGGCGAACUUGGCACACAGGGAGGAAGGGAAAGGAUGCAUGGUCAUGGAGGCUACGAUUCUGAUUUUAGUGAUGAUGAACACUGUGGAGAAUCCAGCAAAAGGAAAACAAGGACAGUUGAAGAUGACUUACUGCUCCAAAAACCAUUUCAGAAAGAAAAGCAUGGAAAGGUGGCCCAUAAACAAGUUGCAGCGGAAUUGCUGGAUAGGGAAGAAGCAAGAAAUAGAAGGUUUCAUCUCAUAGCUAUGGAUGCUUAUCAAAGACAUACAAAGUUUGUAAAUGACUACAUUUUAUAUUAUGGUGGCAAAAAAGAAGAUUUCAAGCGUUUGGGGGAAAAUGACAAGACAGACUUGGAUGUUAUACGAGAAAAUCAUAGAUUCCUAUGGAAUGAGGAGGACGAAAUGGACAUGACUUGGGAGAAGAGACUUGCUAAGAAAUACUAUGAUAAAUUAUUUAAGGAAUACUGCAUAGCAGAUCUCAGUAAAUAUAAAGAAAAUAAGUUUGGAUUUAGGUGGCGAGUAGAAAAAGAAGUAAUUUCAGGAAAAGGUCAGUUUUUCUGUGGAAAUAAAUAUUGUGAUAAAAAAGAAGGCUUAAAGAGUUGGGAAGUUAAUUUUGGUUAUGUUGAGCAUGGUGAAAAGAGAAAUGCACUUGUUAAAUUAAGGUUAUGCCAAGAAUGUUCCAUUAAAUUAAAUUUUCAUCACAGGAGAAAAGAAAUCAAGUCAAAAAAAAGAAAAGAUAAAACCAAAACAGAUUGUGGAGAGUCAUCACGUAAAAAAUCCAGAUUAUCUUCUGCAGAAGAGGCCUCCAAGAAAAAAGAUAAAGGACAUUCAUCUUCAAAGAAAUCAGAAGAUUCUCUAAAGAGAAACUCUGAUGAGGAAGAAAGUGCUUCAGAAUCUGAACUUUGGAAGGGUCCACUACCAGAGACAGAUGAAAAAUCACAGGAAGAAGAAUUUGAUGAGUAUUUUCAGGAUUUGUUUCUAUAAGACAAGAGAGACUUAAUGUGAAACUUCAUGAAGUUUUAAACUUCAUGCAAUUUGAAAUUCCAUGUAAGUUUUUAUCUGCAAGUUACAGCUUGUGUGGUGUCUUUGGAAAUAAAAAUCCAGAUUCUCUCAGAAUG